UUAACAAGCCUGUUUAUUUCUUAUCAGUUUCUAAUCUAUUUCUAAUGACUGAUGUCCAGACGCAUCAGCAUCCGCUGCUCAGGCCAGUGUCCCGUUAACCCGAACUUCAUAUCAGCUGCUCCGCACAAGCAGGAAACAUACACGUGACACACCCAGAUAUGAAACUAAAGUUCAGCGUUUAUCAGUACAGAUGCACUAAGCUCCGUGUUAGACUACAUACACAUGCAAUAACACGGUGCAGUAGAGAGUGCCAUGCAGGAAGGAGAGGAGAGGAAGUGAGGCGAUGGGCUGCACCUCAGCCAAGCAGUUGUCAUCUGUACCCAGUGAUGAAGAGGGCCGGGGUAAGGCCUACAGCAAUGGAGAUGCCUUCUCCGAUGAGUACAGACUGAAAGGAGUUGAGAAGGUGAAGCUCAAGCAUGGAGAAGAGGAGUGCACGAACACACAAAACCAAGAGAACUUGGAAAAUAGCACAUUUUUGCACAAUGGUAGGCAAAAAGAUGCCACUGGGAAUAGUAAUAAGAUAAGUAUCCACUCUUCAGAGAGCCAGCAGGAGUUCUUCAGGAUGCUGGAUGAGAAGAUUGAAAAGGGACGGGACUACUGUUCGGACGAAGAGGAUAUGACAUAGCACACUGAGACUUUUGACUCACGCCAACAUUGAGUCAAUCCUGUCCCAAAGUUCUUUACCCUUGCUUUCCAUGCCCACUCACCCAACAAGUAUGAAUCUUCAAGAGUGGGUUCAAGUGACAUUCAACCCAGUUAUCUGCUCUGUUUACAAUCUACACGCUCUCCCAAAAGUCUUACAGGUCAGUAUUUGAGACUCUUCUGGACUAGUAUUAAAACGGUAUGGGGGCAUGGAAAGGCCAUGGUUAAGGAGACUGGGAUUUGGCCCAAGAUUUGAAUGCGAAAGCCAUUUUCAGACUGCUCCUCAAUCCCUUGCCUUACACUACCCAUAAGCCUUCUCCUACUCAUAGACUACAUACAGUGGAGAGAGCCAUGCUGAGAAUCCUGGACUUCAUCCUCCCUUUAACAUGGACACAACACACGCUGGACUAGCAGUGGAGAUGAUCUCUCCUGAGGAGGACAUACCUACCGAGAGACUUGUGUGAUUGUGUUCAGCUCGUCCUGUUGAGACACAGUAGGCGAGAGCGUAUGGACAGAAACACAAGGCCAUUUCUAGCAUUCCAAUAGUUUUUUUAACGAAGUAUUUUUCACCCACAGUGUAUCAUGUAUAUGUCUUUUAGACCUUUUUCUUUGAGUUAUGUUACAAUGCUCAGGACAGCAGUGCUGUAUGUAUCAUCACUAGAUGUUUUAGUUUGAUGAGGGCAGUGCAGUUCCUUCAGGGCCGGUCUUGAGGAAGUGUUGGACGGUGGAGAUCGAUCACAGCAUCUUGCUGUGUUUAGAGACACCAGUUACAGCAUCUUAAGGUCAUGUAGUUUUCACAUACUCAUUUUACUCUAUAUAACAGGUGGAUAUCAUGGGUUCGCUUGACAUUUAUAGUCACUAUUCUAGAGUUGAAAACCAGUGCAAGUUUCAAAACCAGCCGUCAGAAAGUUUUACAUAGAUAUGUUUUUAUUACCAGGAAGUGCUUCUUCCUUUUACAGUAUGACUAAUUUGCCAUAGCCUUAAGCACACAGUGUUUUCUUUUCUGAAAUGAGAUACAACAAUAAGCCAUUAAUUUCUGUAUUUUCACACUAAAGUGAACCGUAUCCCUUAUGUAUGCUUAAGUUCUCUAUAUACACAUUUGGGCCAAACAAAAUUGCCAAAAAUGCAAGUGUGAUGCUGAGUGAAAAAAUAAAUAAAUACACUACGACCAACUAACUAA